AUGGCUAAUCGUAGAGGAAAAGAUUUGAUUCAUAGCGACGGAUCGGAUAUCAAUUUCGACGAUUCUUCGUCUGUGGAAUCAGGUGGUGGAAUCGUUGGAAACAGUUCUUCGACGGGAGAUGACGGCGGUUCGAGGAGUGAGGUUGGACUUACGGAGCGGUUGACGGAUAUUAUUGUCGAUGAAGGCGACGGCGAUCUGUUGAUUCAGCAAACUAAUUGUGAAGACCGGUUGAUGGAUUGGCUGCAGGCUCUUGAUUUGCAAGUUAUUGGAGCGUGUCGAGCUGACGAGCGGUUGAAGCCUUUGUUGAAGAUGAAUGCUGGCUCUGGAGUUUCUGAAGAUCCGUUAUUGGCUCAGUUGAUUCAGCAUUUUGAGCCAUCGGAGGUUGGUAUGUUGGCUAGAUGCUUUUGCUUGCCUCUUGUUUCUAUCCGCGUUGGGAAGAUCAACAAGGACGGAACUCGCCUAUGUCCUACUGCUAAUAGGGGUAGCUUUACACUUGCUCUACUUCCAAGCUCUGAUCUUCGUCUCUCAUUCAUUGGGGAUGAUGGUAAAACAGAGAGAUUAUUUACUCUUUCUAGCACAUCCCAAUGCUCUGCUGUUGUGGUUGAGGGAAUCCCAUCUGACAGCUCCGGUCGAUCCUUCCAUGUUACUACUCCUGAUGACAGAUCUUUUUUCUUCUGGUGCUCUGAAAAGUCUAAACUGCUAGGAGUUGAAUUACUUGCAAAGAUGAAGGAUUUACUCAAGAGGAAACCCUCAAUUGCUGAAUUGAGUGGUAUUAGUAAGUCACGGCUUGAUUGUUUUGCUACUCAGCUUCGUGCUUUUCUUGUGGGGUCAACAGCUGGAGGGAGUCAUGAUGGUUCAGCUUAUGCUUCAAUGUCUGCCAAUUCCACAACAUACUGUGAUGUUGCCUUUGAAAAUUCACCCUCUUCAUCAAAAUUUCCUCGAUCUCGACAUAUUGUACAGACAACAAAGGGAGAUUCAGUGCUUUACCAGAGUAUUCUUAGUCCAAGGUCAAGUUCUUUUAAAGAGGUUCCGCCAAGAAACUUGUCUUCCCAUAGGAUUGCUGCUAGGGAGAAGAUUAAGCGCCGCGGUGAAAACCAGCAGCUAGCAGCUGACAACUUGGAUUUAUCAUCCACUUCUGAUCACGACAAAGCUUUGGAAGUAACUAAAACUCAUGCAUUCUCUCCAAAUUUUAUGGGAUCAGCAGGAAUGUUUAGUGUUCCAUCAAGCCUUGGAGCGGGUGGGGGUGGGGGUGGGGAAGUCCCACCUGUGGCGUCGCCUCUUUUUUCUCCCUACUAUUGUUGGUGUCCACCUGGGAUUUCUUCUACCUUUCCAUCAAUUGCAGCACUUCCACAAUCUCCCAUGUCAUUUACUGGAUCACAGCCACUUGCCUCUGGGACCUCUCUACUACCCAACACCUUCUCAUCUAGCCUGUUUCAACCAAUGCAGCCUCUCAAUCUUGGGCUAUCUUGUGCAAGAGAGACUCUAAGGUUGCUGAUUAGUGGUUCCAGCCAGGGUAACCAACAACAGGUUAUGAUGAACCCAUUACCAGUAAUUUUGACCAAUCUGGAUGAAAAACAAAACAAUGUACUUGUUGCUGGCAGCCGUGGGCUUUACACAGGAACUAGAGAUAUAAAUGUUAUUGCAAACAGCAUUGCUGCUAUGGGAUUAGUAUCAUUAUCUGGGGUAUCCUCCAAUGGAGACAAUGAAGGUGAUUCAGAGGUAUGUGGCAACUUUGGGAUUUUGGAAGCAAUGAAGAAAUCAAAAGACGCAGGUGGUGCCUUUUCGGACGAGGGCGGACCGCCCUCUUUAGAUUCCAAGUAG